UCGGUCGCUCGCUUUCGUUGGAUGUAAACAUUGGCUCGUCGGAUUGGUUUUGUCAUGUGAACUGUAUCGCGCUUGCUUUCUUGGUAUUAUGGCACUUAAUUUCACGUGACAGUUGCUCAUUUUUCGUCAUAUGCACUAACAACCAACCAAAAUGUGGGUUACGCCAAAAGAAGUCCUUUUAGCGAAUGCUCUGUGGGUUACGGAGGUGACAAACCAAUACUUCACGCUACAGAGGAGAAAAGGUCAUGGCACUAAGGGUCUGUCAUCUUUGUUGGUUGAAACACUGGAUGCUGUUAUGGACACUAAGCCGCUACCAUACCGAAUUCUUCACAGUACCCCAAAUUCCGAAGUCAGUUACGAAGUGGCUUCUUCGCUGACCAGAACAGAAAUAUUUCAGAACUGGGAGUGGCUCGAAGCCAACCUUCUAGAAACAUUAAGGAAUUUUGAAUCUGAAAAUGAAGCGACAGAGUUUGUUUGCUGCAAAAUCAAGAGCCUGGUUGCGCAGAGCGGAGCAACGACGCAGGUGGAAGAUGACUCGCUCAACUUCAAACAGAAUGCCGCAAAGUUCGCUCGGGUCUUCAACAUGUCAGCAGACGAAAAGCUCAUCAACUAUUACUCCUGUAGCUUCUGGAAAGGCAGGGUUCCACGCCAAGGUUGGCUUUACCUAAGCGUCCACCACUUGGCCUUCUAUUCUUUUCUACUUGGACGGCAGACAAAAUUACUUCUGCGUUGGACGGAUGUCACUACGUUGGAACGAAGUAAUAAUGUCUUGUUCCCAGAGAGUAUUCUAGUCUCAACACGCGAAAAAGAGUACUAUUUCUCGCUGUUCACUCGCGUUGAAGAUACGUUUGCCCUCAUGGAACAACUUGCCAACAUUGCCAUGCGACAGCUGAUCUGUGAAGAAACGUACGCGACUGAUGCGCACCUUGCCAGUAAGCGUAGCCGCAACGUCCCCAAGAAGGCCUCCCAUCUCAAGCGAGACUUAGACGCACGUGCGCAUAGUGAGGCGUACAGGACAAUGUUCCGUCUUCCAAGUGACGAACGCCUGGACGGCACCGUCGACUGCUACCUGUGGACGCCGUACAACAAGCAGCAUGUCUGGGGAAAGCUAUACCUCUCAUCAAACUACAUAUGCUUUGAAAGCAGGGUAAAAAACCUCGUCAGUGUCGUGAUCCCUCUACGAAUGUUGUUGCUCGCCGAGGAAGUACCAAAACAUGCUUUCCCAAAUUCUAUCCUGCUCACAACCAAGACAAAGGCCAACUUUCUGUUUGCUCAAGUUGUAGACCGCGAAUUCUUAGUUGAAAAAGUGUCCGAGCUCUUGGCCAAACUUCCAUCUACUUCUGUAGAGAACUGCUCGUCAGAAAAGUCCUCAAAGGAAAGUUCUCAGGAUCUCAGCUCAGGUGACGGAUCACAAGGUGCCGAUGUGACGUGCGAGCCGGGAAAAUCUCUGGCGACCCAGUUCGGGGCUAAGCCAUCUGGGGAGGCUCUGAUACUGGAAGCAGAAAAGGAACUGCAGUGGGAGUCACACUUUGCAGAUUACGGGAGGGGAAUCUGCACCUACCGAACAACCAAAGCACAAGAGCUUGUGUUGAGAGGAAUUCCAGACAGUCUGCGUGGAGAGCUGUGGAUGGUUUAUUCCGGUGCUAUAAAUGAGAUGGAGACAAAUCCAGGCUAUUACCGCCGUGCCGUGGAAGCAAGUCGGAACCAGCGCGACCUCCCAUCAGAUGAGAUCGAGCGUGACCUUCAUCGCUCGCUUCCAGAGCAUCCAGCAUUCCAGUCUGAAGUAGGAAUCGGUGCUUUACGACGUGUUCUUAAUGCCUAUGCCUGGCGGAAUCCGUCUAUUGGUUACUGUCAAGCCAUGAAUAUUGUGGCAUCUGUUCUACUGCUAUAUGCAUCAGAAGAGGAGGCAUUCUGGCUCUUGGUGGCAUUGUGUGAGCGUCUAUCCCCGGAUUAUUACAACACCAAGGUUGUUGGAGCUCUAAUUGAUCAAGGUGUCCUAGAAGACCUAACCAGAGACAACUUGCCAAACUUGCAUAGUAAGCUGGAUGUCCUCAAUGUCCUUUCUAUGAUUUCCCUGUCCUGGUUUCUCACCAUAUUUCUCAGCGUCAUUCCUUUCGAAUCUGCUGUCAGCAUAGUAGACUGCUACUUUUACGAUGGUGCCAAGGUGGUGUUUCAAAUGGCACUGGCUGUAUUAGAGGCAAACCAGGAUGCCCUGCUCAAGUGCCGAGAUGACGGUGAAGCCAUGACAACCCUGAGUGGCUACCUGAGCAGUGUCACCAACGGCACAUCGGGUAACAACCUCCGAACUUCAACAUCAGCAGGGUCCCCAGUCACCGUUCAAACUCUCAUCUACGAGUCCUACAGCAAGUAUGGUUUCAUCACGUCGAACAUGAUUGAACGCCAGAGGCUCAAACAUCGACUGGCUGUCAUUCAGGGACUGGAAGACACAGCCUUGAAGAACAUCAUACGAAAUGCUGGAAGCGAUGCUGUCAUCUCGCAGUACCUCACAACGGAGGAGCUAAAGGAACUCUUUGCUCUCAUAAAGGUAGAGCAACUCUCUCAACAUCGUUGGGGCCAGGGUCCAAAACUGCCGUCGGUACUCCCCCUACUGCCAUAUGGAGAGCAGUACCACCUGGAUCUUGAGCAAUUCCAAGUACUGUUCCUCGGACUCGGUCCAUGGACGUGCGGGGAUUACCCAGAACGGCUGGCUGCCCGUCUCUUCCGGUUGGUAGACCUCAACUCGGAUAAUUGGAUCAGCCUGAACGAGUUCUUCCGGAUAAUGGGACUCAUCUGCAAUGGUGACACGGAUGAUAGGCUUCGAGUGUUGUUUGCAGCAUUUCUUAUCGCAUUUGUGGAUGAAGAUGAUGAUGAUACAGGUUCCCCAGCCGCAAAAGAUGCAGUAGAGGCCCAAGAGACGGAGGUAGCCGCCGAAGCUGAGGAGUACUUCAGCUCCAUCGAGGAGAUACCAUCAGUCGUGUCCACAAAUGUGGCAGGUUUCAAGCACUCUGACUUGCUUGACGCCGUGCUAAAGUAUAACCGUGAAUCAGACACGGAAUGGACGAGCAUGUCGAGUGGAAUUGCGACAAGCUGUAGCAGUUCUGAAAGUGUGACAUCAAACUCUAAACGUAGUGAAUCAAGGGCAAGCCCUAAGGCGGAACAAAAGAGCCUGCCCAACAUGAAUCAGGAACAGUUUGUGCAGCUCUGGCGCUGCGUGUACAGACUGUUUGCGCAAGAACAGGAUGUCUACCAUAGCCUCGCAACUGUUGGAACUCAGCUUCUUCAGAUUGGAGAGUUAGGUCAGCACGCCGCGGAAGUAAUUACGCGACAGCCCGUGGAAGACCCAGUCUCAUCUUUAUCUGAAGAGGCGGUUAAAGCAUGGCAGACGGAACAUCCGCAAGACCCAAUGCCCAGGACAGGGUCCUUUGAGAUGUCUGCUGUACAGAGCCAUGAGUUUGAAGGACGGCCAGCGAGCGCUCCGUCAUCAUCAAAGUGGGACGAACACUGGUGCAUUAGUUUCCAGCAGUUUCGUGCGUGUAUGCACAGCGAGGAGAAGCUGGUUGCAUUCUUUGAAGCCCGCACGCCUUUAGCCAAAUCGCUACAACGUUACCGUCAGCGCAAGACAGAAAGACAGUCAAGUAUCACGGGUUCCGCAGCCGUAGCCGUUUGAGGAAUGGCGAAAAAUAUAGUGGACUACAAAUUGACUUUUUUUUUUCUUUUUUGAAGGGGAGGGGGAUACUGUGUAAGUGAGAGAAAGUUUCUCUCUCUCUUCCCUUCUCCAUCUCUAGGAAAGGAAGAUUAUUCUGUGUUCUGAUGCAUGUGAUAUGAAUGACUCGCUACCAGCCAUGUGUGAUCCAGAGUUGUCCAGCGUUUGCAACUGCAGGGCAUCAUUGAAAUUGAAGACAUCAAUGCUAGAUUAAUGGUCAUUGCCUUGCAAUGGUCUGCUAGCAUGCUAGGUGUUUUUUUUUUUUUUUUUUUUUUUUUUUUUUUUUUUUUUUUUUCUCAGCUUGAUAUAGUACGAAUGAUUUUGUGGAAUGGUUUUUGUGCAAGUCAUAGCCACCAUGACAGAAAUGCACGGAGUGGAAUUUCUAGGGUUUUUAUUUUUUAUUUUAUAGCUGGUGCAGUAACAACUCCGUCGAUUCAGAUGUUAGUUGACCAGCUUCUCUUUUGCUUUCACAUCUUGUCAUGUCGAUUGUGAAAAAUAAUGGAAAGCUGAUUGACAUGCAAUUGAACAGGUAAGGAUCUUGUGAUGUAACUGUACUUUUGUGGUGCUUGUUAUGCUUAUCUGCUGUCCUGUCAUUGGGUAGGAGUUGAGUGUCGAGGGCAGUCUGCACCAAAUCAGAUGUAGCGGGAUAUGCACAACAAAUGGAACAAGGGUUUAUGGUUUACGAGCUGUUUAUGUUGUUCCUGCCUAUACAUAUAAUUCACCUCUGCAUAAUAAUGGGCAUUAUGCAUACUGGCAAUAUCUUGCAGUGCCCACAUCAUCACAGCACCUGAAAAGUUUCCUUGUUGUGAGACAAGUAGUGCGAAGAAAUAGUGCCGUCAAACUGGGUCUUUUUACAGCACCGCAUGCACAACAGAGCAGAUUGCAGAUCAUGAGCAGAUUCAUGAGCAGAUUGAUGACUUUCGUUUUGGAUGAGACCUGCUUUACAGCCCACACAAUUUGCAAUAUUUGCAAGCCAUUUGCAAUAUGCAACUAUGUGUGACCCACAAUGUGAAGUACUUCUACGGUUUCUAUGCCCUGCAGGUGGCAUGGAAUACUGCUGCAUGUACUUUUGUCUCUACUAACGUCCACCUGAUCUUCAGGAAUGAUCCUUUUGUGCAGCUUAUGUGCAGGAAAAUACAGUAUUGCCUGCAAAAUUUUAAGACUGUUGCAGCAUUACAUGGGGGCCUUCAUGCAGACAGGAGGUUUGGUAUUUCAGUUACAUGCCAGUGAUUUGAUUUCUGUUAAGUAACUCUCCUGUUUUAUCCUGUAUCUGAACUCUAAUUUAGUACUGCAUUAUCUGUACCUAGCUUUGCACUCAUCGUUGAAGACAUGGUUUGUCGAGCAUUUGUUUUUAGUUCCUGCCAGAAAAAUUAUGAUGAAAAGCUAGUGAGUGCCAACAAGCAUUUUUAUGUACAUUUCUUCUGUGAAUUUUCCUUUUUGUGUGUGUGUACAGGAAAACACAUUUUUAAAGCACAGCAAAUGUUACUUUUGGAUCUUGCAAUUUCGCUUAUGCCCAUGACAAUGGAAUAUUUAUUGCGAUGCAUUUUAUCCCAGGUUUGUGUUUUCUGUGUGUGUAUGUUUGCCACAAAAUUAUGUUUCUUUGUGCAUUCAACAAUGGCAUUAUCAGUUGAAUAUCUUCAGCACUCUCAUUUGUGGGUUUCAAUUUGUACUACAUGGCUUUUUAAAGACGUAAUGGUUUCUGGAGCACUUGGGCGCUGCCAAAAUGGGUAGGUUGGACGUUACAGCAGAAUGAAGAAUUUAACUUGACCAGCAUUUUGUCAAGUGAUAGCUGUUACCUUUUAAAUUUGUGUACAUUCCAAAGGUUUUGCUGGAAGCUGAAAUAAAGCCUUACAAUAUUUA